GCCCUUUCUGCUCCUCUGCUGCACAGUGUGCAAUUUUCUCGUCAUCCAAACAGAAAAUGCUUCACUAACAAUUACCUCGAACAAUGGCAUUCCCAAUUCCAAAUUCUCCUUCUUCAUCAUCACUUUCACUAUCACUGUACCUUCCUCGCUCCUCCACCACUCUCUUCCUCCACUCUCAUUCUAAAUUCGCAUUUCGCACUAUCACUUUCUCUUCUCUCCGAACAACCACCACCAACCGCUCUUCCUCCUCAAAACCCAACACCCCUUCUGCUCCCUGGCUCUCAAAAUCCCCUUCUCCCAAAAGGGUACCCGAAUCCACCACCGAAGACCCGUUUCGCCCUCCAACGGAUAAAGGCCAAAACGCCGUUGAGAGAAUCGUUCUUCGGUUGCGGAACUUGGGGUUGGCUUCAGAAGAAGAUGUGGAAGUAGAAGAUGAAAAAGAAGAAGAAGAAGAAGAAGUUCGGGUUGAUGCUUUUCCGGUGACCGGAGAAGAGAGGCUCGGCGAGUUGCUGAGAAGAGAAUGGGUUCGUCCUGAUGCUAUGGUGUUGGAUGAGGAUGAGGAGGAUGAAGAGAUGGUUUUGCCAUGGGAGAGAGAGAAGGACGAGAAGGAGAAGGAGAAGGGUGGUGGAGGUGAUGUGGGGUUGAGGAAGAGGAGUGUAAAGGCUCCAACUUUGGCUGAGUUGACCCUUGAAGAUGAGUUGUUGAGGAGGUUGAGGAGAGAGGGGAUGCGUGUUAGAGAGAGGAUUAGUAUCCCAAAAGCUGGGCUCACACAGGAUGUGAUGGACAAUAUUCAUAAAAAAUGGAGGAAGGAGGAGUUGGUGAGGCUCAAGUUCCAUGAGGAUCUUGCAGGGGACAUGAAGACUGCUCAUGAUAUUGUUGAGCGUCGAACAGGAGGAUUAGUUACAUGGAGGUCAGGAAGUGUUAUGAUGGUGUAUCGUGGUAGUAAUUACCAAGGGCCUGCCUCUGGUAGGGAACUCAAUGAAAAGGAAGGUGAUGGCUUUUUCGUGCCGGAUGUCUCAGAAGGAAGUUUGUUAAGAACGAAAGACAGUAAUGCAACCUCAUCCGUGGAGAAGACUGAGCCUGUUGUGAUGAAUCGAGAACAGCCUGAGAACAUGACAGAGGAGGAAGCUGAGUACAACGCCCUGCUUGAUGGUUUAGGUCCUCGUUUUGUUGGAUGGUGGGGUACAGGAAUACUUCCUGUUGAUGCUGAUUUACUUCCCCGUACAGUUCCGGAUUAUAAAACACCUUUUAGGCUUCUUCCUACUGGAAUGCGUUCUCGACUAACAAAUGCAGAGAUGACCAAUUUAAGGAUAGUUGCGAAAUCGCUUCCUUGUCAUUUUGCCUUAGGGAGAAAUAGAAAUCACCAAGGUCUGGCAUGUGCUAUUCUUAAGAUUUGGGAGAAAAGUUUAGUUGCAAAGAUUGCUGUCAAACCUGGUAUCCAGAACACAAACAAUAAAAUAAUGGCUGAGGAGCUGAAGAUGUUAACAGGAGGUACCUUGCUGCUAAGGAAUAAAUAUUACAUUGUUAUAUAUCGUGGGAAGGACUUUGUUCCAACAAGUGUGGCAGAAGUUUUAGCUGAAAGACAGGAAUUGACAAAACAGGUACAGGAUAUUGAAGAGAAAGUGCGCUGCAGAGCUGUUGAUGCUAAUUCGUUGGGGCAAGGUGAACCAGCAGCACAGGCAGGAUCUUUAGCAGAGUUCUAUGAGGCUCAGGCUCGUUGGGGAAGGGACAUAUCUUCUGAAGAACGUGAGGAGAUGAUGGAAGAAGCUGCCAAAACCAAGACUGUUAGGCUUGUCAAACAAGUUGAACAUAAACUAUCUCUCGCCCAGGCCAAAAAGCUUAGAGCAGAAAAGCUGUUAGCGAAAAUAGAAGCAUCCAUGGUUCCAGCUGGUCCUGAUUAUGACCAGGAAACAAUCACAGAUGAAGAAUGUGUUGUGUUCCGCAGGAUUGGUUUAAGAAUGAAGCCAUACUUACCACUUGGUAUUCGUGGUGUUUUUGAUGGUGUAAUUGAGAAUAUGCAUUUGCAUUGGAAAUACCGAGAACUUGUAAAAUUGAUAACGAAACAAAAGACUCUUGCUUUUGUUGAAGACACUGCAAGGUUACUGGAAUAUGAGAGUGGUGGAAUACUAGUGGCAAUAGAGAGGGUUUCCAAAGGAUUUGCUCUUAUUUACUAUCGUGGAAAGAAUUAUAAACGGCCCAUUACCCUGAGGCCUAGAAACCUCCUAACGAAGGCCAAGGCAUUGAAGCGUUCUGUAGCCUUCCAACGCCAUGAGGCUCUGAGUCAGCAUAUUACUGAAUUGGAAAAAACUAUAGAUCAAAUGAAAAGAGAACUUGGUAUGUCUCAAGAUUUAGAGGUUGAAGAUGGAUGGAGCAUAGAGGAAGAGGAUCAUAACCAAAUAGACCACAUCUCAGAAUUCACCCAAGGUGAGGAUGAAGAUUCUGAUGGUUUUGAUGAUGAGGAAGAUGAUGAGGACUCUGAGUGGGAAGAUGAUGAGGACUCUGAAUUUUCAAAAUUCAAAAAUGAUGGGCAUCAUUGAAGGCAGGUUGACAUAUUUUCCAUUGAAGUUUCUGGAUGACAUCUGCCAUUGCCUGCAGCUAGAUAGGUAUCAAUUUUGCCAUUUGAUGACGUAGGUCGUAAGUUUGCAACAACGGUCUUCAUAUACUGCAUUUUGAUGCCAUACUUUAGUUCUGUGAUUCUUGCACUGUUAGUACUGAAAGUCGUUGAUAUAACAGGCUGGUUGUAGUACUUACUGUUUGUUCAACAGGUUUCCAGGAUCAGUUUGGUCCUGUAUGGACAACUUAAUAAAUUUUCGUAAUCAGAUGGGGCAUUCUUCUCCCCCUUAAUUGCAUUGAAUGUAGCAAUUCUCCCUACAUGUAGGAUAAUCAAGAGGCGCGAGCUUACGGUAACUUGUCUGCUUUUUCCUCUCUCUGCACAUUCUUAGAGCUGAAAAUAUGGAGUUUGAUUUAUUCAAAGUUCUACAAAGAUGUGCCUACAUAUCAUUCGUGGUCCUGCUGCAGCAAAAACCCCUCAUCAAUUGUUUGCUUGUCUCUGGUUUUUCAUUUGAAUGGCACUUGAUCUUUGACUGCUCUUUGAAAUAGUAUCUCUUAGGCUGCUAGCCUACAUUUGAGCAGCAUGCACAAACACUGAUGUAUUCUGGAGUCUGCUUCUCAUUGUAGUUGACCUGAUUAUUGUAAAUCCUCCAUCACAUUGUAAUAGGCUAUACUAAUGUACGGUUAUCCAAUAUGGUAAAGGAUAAUUCCUUUCUUGUAUUUACAAUCUUAAUAUUAUGCCUUCCCGAGAUUUUGUUUUGUUA